CGACUGGAGUGGUGGAGUCUUAGUUGAAUCGCCAAAGCCACCGAACUUACCUGUUCGCAGCCUCGUCUGGUUGUGUGUGCGCGUCCGCGUGUGCCAGUGUGCCUUAGUCUCUCUUGUGUCGUGCCGUGUCUCACUCAGAAAUUCUAGAAUUGGAUCAACCCAAAUUGCCGGUUUCCAUUCGAUCAAAAAAUCAACAGGAGGGAAAAAGAAAUAAGACGGAACAACUUUUGGGGUUUUAAAAAGCCAACCAUUUGGACCGCCCAGUGUUUUGUUUCAUUUGGAGCUCGAGUGUGGGAACAACGACGACGUCGAGCGUCGGCGUCGCGAUCAUUUGAUUGGCGGGCGGCAACCCCCUUUGAAUCCUGCCCGAAAAACAAGAGAGCGGCGAAUUCCGUGCCAAUUACUCUACAACAAAAUGAUGUCUGAAGACAUGAUGAACGGCGUCGGAGCACCGAAGACGUCCGCACCACCUUCUCCACCGAUUCACCGCAGCGGCGCCGACAAUGAGGCGGGCAGCGCCGGCAUCGCGGAGGCCAUUUUCGUCCGCAACGCCUGCAAGAGUUAUGGCGUCGGCAAGCGCCGGUCCACCGUCUUGCGCGGACUCGACAUGAACGUCAAAAAAGGAACCAUAUACGGAUUGCUCGGAGCCAGCGGCUGCGGUAAGACGACUCUACUCAGCUGCAUCGUUGGCCGGCGCAGCUUCGACAGCGGCGAGGUGCUGGUGUUUGGUGGAGAGCCGGGUUCGGUCGAAAGCGGGAUCCCCGGUCCGCGGGUCGGCUACAUGCCGCAGGAAUUGGCCCUUUACGGCGAAUUCACCAUCAAAGAGACGCUGCAGUACUUUGGGCGCAUCUACAAUUUGCCGACCGCCUUCGUCAAAUCGCAGAUGGAGUUUCUGUUUAACCUGCUCGAUUUGCCGCCCGGUCAUCGCUACGUCAAAACGCUCAGCGGCGGCCAACAGCGACGCGUUUCAUUCGCCGUCGCUCUGUUUCACGAGCCCGAGCUGCUCAUCCUGGACGAACCGACAGUCGGAGUCGAUCCGUUGCUCCGCCAAAGCAUCUGGAACCACUUGGUCCGUCUGAGUACCGACCAUGGCCGGACGGUCAUCAUCACCACCCAUUACAUCGAAGAAGCCAGACAGGCUCACACGAUUGGCCUGAUGCGUUCUGGUCACCUGCUGGCCGAAGAGUCGCCCCACAACCUGCUUUCUCUGCACGGAUUGAGCACGCUUGAAGACGUCUUCCUCAAGUUGUGCAUGAAGGAUGGCGUCGUCAAGCACGCUACGGCGCCCGUCGUCGCCACCAUUACCAACGGCAAAACUGGCUACCCCAAUAUGGCUCACCAACAGGACCUGGAGGGUCACGACAACCCUGCCUACGUCCAGACUUUCAAUAAUGUGGAUGCCAUCACGACCGACAUCGAACAUCAACACCACAACAGCCAAGAUGAAGAAGAGGAUCACACAGCUCUAGCGCAACUUUCAAUCAUUCCUUUUGGAGCCCAAUACUGGAAGAAUACGAAAUCCAUCCUACCGGUAGCCGAUGAGGAUGGCAUUGUUGGAUUGACUUUCAGUCCGUCUGGUGACAGUAUGGUGCACACAUACAGCAACAAGGCGUCCAACAACCAGCAGCAGCACAUCAACCAAAUGAACGCGUUCAACAAUCACGGCAACGACGACUCGGCCACCGCCACCUUCGACACGAAAGAAGGUCUCUUCAACUUGAAGCACGGCGGGAGCAGCACCAAUGGAAGCAGCUCGAGCACGGCCAGCUGCAGUAGCUCCAGCAGCAACGCGGGAGACACUAGCAGCAGUUGCGGGAGCACGGCGGCCAGCAGCCGGGCGGUUGGCAAGCGCCGCAGCGGCACUUUCAAAUUGGCCAUUCCAUCGUGGCAUCGCAGCGCUGCGCUCAUCCGCAAGAAUUUCAUGCAGACGUUCCGCAACAUUGGAAUGUUCUUGUUCAUUUUCCUUUUGCCGGCCGCUCAAGCCAUCCUCUUCUGUUUGGCUAUCGGCCGAGAUCCUUCUUUCCUGAAGAUGGCCAUUGUUAACGACGAACUGGAUCCGAGUCAGGGCCGCGUUUGCAACUAUACGACGGACUGUUCGUAUUCCAUGUUCAGUUGUCGCUAUCUCCGAUUCAUAGACAAUACGACGAUAGUCCAGGUUCCAUUCAAAAGUUUAUCGGACGCCAUAGACGCGACGAAACGGGGCGAAGUGUGGGGCGUGGUCCAUUUCGGGCAGAAUUUCACGGACGAGCUGGUCGUCCGUCAAGCGGAUGGCAAUCAUGCGGACAAUGAAACGAUCCUCGCCAGCCGCAUUGCCAUCACCCUGGAUUGGUCCAAUCAACAGAUUUCGCUGACUCUCCAACGGCGCCUCAUUGAGGCAUUUGAAGACUUCAGCAAAGACGUUUUGUCCGCCUGCUCCUACGAGCCUGCGGCCGCCAGCAUCCCCGUCACGUUUUUGGAUCCCAUCUACGGCGAAAAGAAACCAUCCUUCACGGAGUUUAUGGCUCCCGGUAUUAUUCUAACUAUCGUCUAUUUUAUUGCCGUCGCCCUGACAGCUGCCGUGUUCAUCAACGAGCGAAAGUCUGGACUCCUCGACCGUAGCAUUGUGGCCGGUGUCCAAAUGACUGAAAUUAUGUUGGCUCAUCUGGUCAACCAGUUUACUGUCCUCAUUGGCCAGACGGCCCUUGUCUUCUUGUUCAUGCUUCUCGUUUUCAACAUCGCUUGCCACGGCAGCCUGGCCCUGGCCGUUUUCAUCACUCUCCUUCAGGGAUUGUGCGGCAUGUCUUAUGGUCUGGUGGUGUCGACUCUGUGCGACGAAGAGACCAGCGCCAUCCACCUCUCGCUGGGCAGCUUCUACCCGAAUCUCUUGCUCAGCGGUGUUCUAUGGCCGAUGGAGGGCAUGCCCGUCUACUUGCGUUACGUUUCCUACUUCCUGCCGCAGACGUACGCCGUUGAGUCGCUGAGGAACGUCUUCGGCCGAGGCUGGGGAAUUGAGCGGCCCGAAGUCUACUUUGGCAUCGUCAUCAGCUUCAGCUGGAUUUUCGCCCUCUUGGCGCUCAGUCUUAUCGUCGUGCGUAUCCGCAAGUACACGGGUUAGAACUGCUCACGCGCGGGUGCGGUUAAGGAACAAAUUAGAAGCAACGACACAGUAGGAAAAAAAAGAAAAGAGACGAAGGUCGUGUCAUUCCAGACGGGGAAAAAAAAGCAAGUUCAUCAUUUUAUCUUUAUUAUAUGACGCAAAAAACAAAAAAAUUGUACGGGCUCCUUUUUUUCUCGUUCCCGGGUUAUUAUCUCUUCAACGUGUCGACACUUAAAAGAAAGAAAAAAAACGCAAAAAGAGUUUUACCUACAUUUUUCUAUUUGUUUGAAUUUUUUGGGAAAGUAGUGAUUUGUGUGUGCGUGUGUAUGUGUGCGUAGACCCGCGUAUUCCGUUCCGCUUGUCGAAAUGUCUGCUCAAAGACGCAUCUGAUAUCCUCGUACGUUUCACGUCCACUUCAAACAUGGGCUCUCCUCUGCACAGCAAACGACUGGACCGGGGAAGCCUUUUUUAUUUAAAGAAAAAAAACACUUCAUGGAUAUAUGAUGACAUGAUGUUGGUCCUUUCCACUUCUUUCAAGCACAUCUGGAUAAAAUAUUUUUGACAUUUUUGCGUUCCCAUCACAUGACUUUUGUACAUCCCCCCCUAGACAUCAAUUCCUCUGGAUUGAUUUCCCAUUUGAAUUUUCCAUCAAACGGCGCGAAACCGUUUUUUGAAGUGGCUCGUUCCACUUUGAAAAUGUGAAAGCGCUUUGUGUCACAGUGUAUGUAUGCUUGGUCCCCCUUUAUUUUUUAGUUUAUUUCUAUUUUUAUAAAUAUGCAGGAUGUGUUCUUUAACGUUCGAUUUUUACAAUUAUCUUAUCUUAUUCAAAGCGUUAGGUCAAUGCGAUUCUCGUCCUCUCCCGAUUGAUUUCGUUAGAUUUACAUUUUUGACAAGUCCUCGCUCCCAAUAUUUGGAUUUUUCUUUGCUCUUUGAUAUCGUUUUUUAAAUAAAUUUAAAAUCAAUAGUAUCUGCGUCUGCGUCUCGAUCGUGUGUGAAUGAAUUUUUUUUUGAAUUUUUUAAAAUUUUAUUCUUUCCGACUGUAAUGUUUGAGUGACUGCGACAAAAGGUGUGCAAGUGAGUACGAAGAUGAGCGGCGUUAAAAAAACAACAACACAAUUUUCAAUUCAUUUCCGGGGGGUUAUUUCCAUCAUUUUUUUUAAGAAUAUUUGUAUUAUUUCACUGCUAAAAAGGAAAUGGCCACCCAUUCACUUUUGCUAAGUUUUUCCACCCAAUUCUGUAUGACAUGGAAUUCUGAUUCGACUUUGUAGCGUCACGUCAUCAUUUCAGCAUUUGCUCAAAUCGUCGCUCUCCUUUAUUUUCUUUACAAAAUAAUUUGACUGAAUAUGUAUUGUUGCACCAAUUCAAAUCAGCAAAUUACUCCGCAACUUCUUUCUCACUUUCAUAAUAGUUUUUUUUUAUUCUUUUUUUUUAUGAUGAAAAAUGCCAAUUCAGAUGUGCUACAUUAUAAACAAAAAAAAGUAUGUCGUGUGAAAGAAAUAGAUUGUAAUACAUGCCCCCCUCCAGCCCCUCAAUCGACUCUUGAAUAAAAAUUGUUCAUCCCGUA